CUGUCUUCCUGCUUAUGAAUUUGUGUGUAGACGUUUCAAAGUAAUUGUUAUCAGGUGCCCUACGUGUCAGAGAUGUGUUGUUGUGUAAAGAAAGUUGUAGUUUGUGUGGGAAGUUACUGAAAUUUAAUUUUUUGUAAAUUUUUGUCGUAUGCGUUUGGCCUGAGAGUCUAUGAGAAUUAUAUGUGGUAACAUCAUUGUACGUCAACAUGUUCUGGACUGUUGUUUUUGUUGUUGGAGUGACAUUUUUUCACCCUUCGGAACAGUUUUAUUUGCCGGGCCUCGCCCCUGUCAAUUACUGUAAGCAGGGUGAGGACAUCCCCACGACCUGUGAGUCUGUUGUUACCCUGUACGUGAAUCGACUGAACACCGAGGAGUCAGUGAUACCUUAUGAAUAUCAACAUUUUGACUUUUGUGAAAUUGAUGAAUCAAAAUCACCUGUUGAAAACCUUGGACAAGUGGUUUUUGGUGAAAGGAUACGUCCAUCAGCAUAUCAGAUUAAGUUUUUGGAAGACCAGUCAUGCUCUGUAGCGUGUAUCAAGAACUACACCGGCACUGACAAAGACUCUGAGACAAAGCUUGGGUUACUUAGAAGAGGCAUUGGCUUAAACUAUCAACAUCACUGGAUAAUUGAUAACAUGCCUGUCACAUGGUGCUACCCAUUGGAUUAUGGGAAUACAUAUUGCAGUACUGGCUUUCCAAUGGGAUGCUAUGUAAAGGACAAGAAGUCUGGCCAGGAUAGUUGUUCUGUUGUGAAUAUGCAGACUAACAGAAAAGCACACUAUAUUUUCAACCAUGUUGAUUUGCAAAUCACUUACCACAGUCCUGAAGGAAUGGAUUGGGACAUUGGUUACCAGGAUAAAGCUGGCAGAAUUAUCUCGGCAAAAGUAACUCCCCGGAGUAUAAAGCAUCCAAGUAACAAAAUUGACUGCUCCAGUAAAGAGCCCAUGGAAAUUCCAAGUGAAUGGAAGAAAAAUCAAAAGUUAUCUAUACCAUAUACAUACAGUGUGAAGUUUAUGAAAAAUAACACGAUAAAGUGGUCAUCAAGAUGGGAUUACAUAUUGGAGUCAAUGCCUCACACAAAUAUUCAGUGGUUCAGUAUCCUGAAUUCUCUAGUUAUUGUUUUGUUCUUGUCUGGUAUGGUCGCCAUGAUCAUGCUGAGAACAUUGCACAAGGAUAUUGCUCGAUAUAACCAGAUUGAUUCAGGCGAAGAUGCCCAAGAAGAAUUUGGAUGGAAACUAGUACAUGGAGAUGUUUUUCGACCACCACGGAAAGGGAUGCUGCUUUCUGUUCUCCUGGGCUCAGGGACACAAGUUUUCUGCAUGUCGCUUGUCACUUUAGCAUUUGCUUGCCUUGGUUUUCUGUCACCUGCAAAUCGUGGAGCUCUUAUGACGUGUGCAAUGGUACUGUAUGUGUGCUUUGGGACACCUGCUGGAUAUGUUGCUGCCAGGAUCUACAAAAGUUUUGGUGGAGAGAAAUGGAAAUCCAAUGUUCUACUCACAUCAAUGCUAAGCCCAGGAGUUGUGUUCUGCUUAUUUUUUGUUAUGGACCUUAUUCUGUGGGGCAAGGGCAGCUCUGCAGCUGUUCCAUUUAGCACUCUGGUUGCUCUGCUUGCUCUAUGGUUUGGUGUGUCUGUUCCACUCACAUUCAUUGGAGCUUAUUUUGGAUUUAGAAAACGAGCUAUUGAGCAUCCGGUUAGGACAAAUCAGAUCCCAAGAAAGAUUCCUGAACAAAGCAUUUAUACACAACCAUUGCCAGGAAUAAUAAUGGGUGGUGUUCUCCCAUUUGGGUGCAUCUUUAUUCAGCUGUUUUUCAUCCUUAAUUCUAUUUGGUCCAGCCAGAUGUACUACAUGUUUGGAUUCCUCUUCCUUGUGUUCAUCAUACUUGUUAUCACUUGUUCAGAGACAACUAUUUUGCUGUGUUACUUCCAUCUAUGUGCUGAGGAUUAUCACUGGUGGUGGCGCAGUUUUCUCACGAGUGGCUUCACAGCAUUUUACUUGUUUGUCUAUUGUAUCCAUUAUUUUGUAACAAAACUGAACAUUGAGGAUGCUGCAUCAACCUUCCUGUACUUUGGAUAUACUUUAAUCAUGGUUUUCCUGUUUUUCCUACUCACAGGAACCAUUGGAUUUUUUGCCUGCUUCUGGUUUGUAAGAAAGAUCUACAGUGUAGUUAAAGUUGAUUGAAGUGGAGUCCUUCAGUGAUAAUGGUACUCUGGAUUGAAUAGAAGUGAAGUCAAGAAAAGUGAAUUGAUGUCAAAAGUGCUUCAAAAAGUGCUAGAACGUCUGUAAAGUAUGAGUGGUGGUUUCGUAAAGAAUGCUCACUAUAGGGACAUUAGUGCUGGUUCUUAAUAUGGACUAUAACAGAAAUAUUUUCUGAUGUCUGAUGUACUUCAAAUUCUUUUGUAUAACUGCAGUGCUGUACUGCUGGCUGAUACUAAUAUUAAGAGUAGCAAAAGAAAUAAAUUUAAUACUGUAAGAGGUUGCACCAUUGUAUUAUAGGUUUUGUAAAAAUAAUAAUAAUUUUACAAAGUGUAUAACGAGAAGCCAUUCAUUGGGCACUACAUAGACCUAUGCUUUCUUCCAUGGAACUGUGAGUUUUAAACUUUUUUCCUUAAUAUUAUGCAUAUUUUUUGUUAUGCUUAAAUAUACCUCUGAUGAACUAAAUUAAAAGGACAAUGAAAAUUUAGUAUGGAAUAUAUGUAGCUGCGAAGAAGAUACAUCAUUGUCCACAUUACAGAAAGAGUUCUCAGUAGUGAACAUACCCCAUUUAGCACACAUGAUUGUUUCUUUAGCUUUUGGAUUACAUAUUCUCCUUAAACUGAAAAGAUGACGCAACUAGUGAGAAUGACCUUCCGAUGCCGUAAAGUGCCUGCAGUUGUGAAGAAAAGUGUGUGUGUGUGUGUGUGUGUGUGUGUGUGUGUGUGUGU